ACUGUGUUGGAAAAACCAAAGAGCCCAGGAAAAAGUUUUGAAGGAAUGUCUGUUCAAGAUAUUUUAAACGACGUUGAAAAUUUAGAAGCAACUUUAAAAUGUCACGUAUGCAAUAACAUCUUUAAUGAUCCCCUACUCAUAGCAAAAUGUGGGCAUACGACAUGCAAGCAAUGCUUUGUCGGACAUUUUGAAUUGAAAUGUCCAGUCUGUAGCACUGCAGUGAAUACUAAAGAUUAUGUUGAAGACAAACAAAUGAAGGAUCUAAUUGCACAUUUGGGGAAACUAAAAUCUGUUCUAGAAAAUUUGGAAAAUCCAAAUGAAAAUAUUGCUGAAACUUCUAAUAAUACUGGAAGUGAUAAAGGUGCAGCUGAGCAUGUGACUAAUGAAGAAAAGGAAACAUCCCCUGUCUCAGAACCUGCAUCAGUUGGAAGAAAAAGAAAAUUGUCUUUAAAAAAUACCCCUAAUCCAUCUGUCAGUAGUGAAGAUAAUAUUAUCCAAGAUACCCCUAACCUUACAUCAAGCAAAAAGGUUGGUUUUGGAAACGCUACGAAGGUUUCUACAUCAGAAAAGAAGAGACUAAGUUCAAAUUUCAAUAGCCCAAAUGCUUCUGGUCGUUCUACUUCAAAUUUAGAUAAAAAGAAUCAUAAAGGAGAAACCCUUCUACAUUGUGCUGUAAUCAAGGGAGAUAUUGGAAAAGUAAAGGAACUAUUAGCUGAAGGUGCAAGUGUAAACACGCAGGACAAUAGCGGUUGGACACCAUUGCAUGAAGCCAGCAACCGUGGGUUUGUAGAAAUAGCUAAGAUGCUUUUAGAUGCAGGUGCGUUAGUCAAUGUGCCUUCUUCAGAGGAAAACAUUACGCCACUCCAUGAUGCUUUGUACAAUAACCAGAUCCCAGUUGCCAUUCUUUUGGCAUCGAGAGGAGCAGACAUGCAUGCAAAAACCUCAACAGGUAAAACUGCUUUAGAUUUGUGCAGAAGUGAUGAAGAUAGAAAUAUUCUGAUUGAAUCAUGCUCACCCUUUAUUAGUGCAAAUGUUCCUUUAUCAAACAUUUCUUCAAAACAUGAUGGUAAAAUGGUAUUCCUCUCAACCAAUUUAAGUGAAGAUCAAAAAGCUCAUUUACAGAAAGGUGCUCAGCUUCUAAAUGCAGAUAUUGUUAGUGACUUCAGUUCUGAUGUUACUCAUGUUAUCACUUCUUGUGAUAAAAUGGGAAACUGUACAAGAACUUUGAAGAUUUUGCUUGGAAUACUCUCUGGAAAAUGGAUAAUGAAUUUUCAUUGGAUUGAAGUUUGCUUAGAUUAUAAGCAAAAGGUGGAUGAAGAAGUGUUUGAAGUUCAAGGCACAAAAGCACAACCAAAUACACAAGGACCAAAACGUGGUAGAGAAAACAUGGAACAAAAAUUCCCGCCUUUGUUUGAUGGGUUUUACUUUUAUUUGCAUGGCAGUUUCACAAAACCUACCCCAGAAAGAGAGGAUUUGUGUCUCCUGAUUCAGGCAGGCGGUGGCAAAAUUCUUUCCAGAGAGCCUCGAGUAGAGACUGUUGUGUCUGAGCAUAAUAAUAUACCAUUCCAUGCUCCUCACACCCCCCUUGAAGACGUCAAUCAUGUUAUCUUGUAUCAAGACAAACCACCUCGAGGGAUUCACUUUCAUCAUUCUCACAUUUGCACUACACAAGUUAUAUGGCUUAUAGAAUGUAUUAGUGAGUUUAAAAUAUUGGAAGCAAAAGCCUUUCAAAAGACAAAGUAA